AUGGACUCGGUCGUUGAAGGUGAUAUGUUCGUAGACGGCUACUGGAUUCGAGGCCGCAGCCCAGGCAGGCAGGUGCGCGGAGAAGCUGGGCCCAGGGACGGCGUGCGGCGCCGCCUCGGCAUCGGUGCGCGCGCUGGCCAGGACGGUCGCCACCGGUGGGUCGGGGGGGACAUCGGAGAAGUCGCGACGGCGAUGGUGACGACGAUGAUCAGUACGACAGCGACGGACGGGGUCGAUACGGUGAACGGCAGUACGGUAUCGUCCGGCACGUUGGUCGUGGACGGUGCGGUACCAUUUGGUACGGUGGUCGAGGUCGGUUCGGUAUCGUCCGCUACGGGUGCUCGCGGCCGGUACAAUGUCGUCCUGUACGGUGGUGUCGGCCGUGUGGCGCGGGAUUCUAUGGCGUGGUGCCGAUUGGCCGGCAUCCAGAGCGGCAGCCCCCUCGCCCCGAACGUGCACGCCGCGGACCGGGUGCCGCUGCGCCGGGCGUCCCCGGCGAAGACGGCGCGCUGCCGAGGGGGUGCGGGCGCGGGGGCGGGGGCGGAGCGGCUGCCAGCUGGAGGGGAAGCGCAGGGCCUGGUGGGGAAGAUCACCGACUCCGAGCCCAGCGGCUCCCCGCGCCCGCGGCGGCCGCGCGCACCUGGCAUGCUCGCGUGGCUGGCGCCGUGCUGCUGCCAGGAGCAGCCGAGCGGCAGCGGCCAGGUGGUGCUGCCCUCCGCGACGGACGAGGGCGGCAGCGACGCGGUGGCUGUUGCGCCGCCCUAUGUGGCGCAGGGCCUGCCGGCUGGCGGCAGCGAGCUCUUCGGCAGCUCUGGUGGGGCCGCGCGGGGGCGCAUCUGUGUAGGCGACUUUGUCAGGGUGACGUCCGACGAGCAGGCGCUGAGGCGCGCUUUCGAGUCGUCUCCCAAGCGGUGGGACGACAGCCUGCGGAGCGCAGCGGGCACGCGGCAGAGGGUGCUGGCGGUAGGCGAGGACGGCGCCCUCGUCGGCCUCAGGGAGGAGGCGGCAGGCAGCGGCGAGCCGGUGCGGUACUACCCCGCCGGCUGCCUGAGCGUGGAGGCCCGCCCGCAGGAGCCCCCCCGCCUCGACAAUAAGCCCGACGACUCCAGCGCGCGCUGGGGCGAAGCGCGAACGACGGCCCCGACCGACAGCACCAGUGGCGGAGAUGCGGCCGACAUGGUCGACGACGAGCCGGAGCACCAGGACCUUCCAGGGGACCCGGGCCCCGGCAGCGCCAGGUCACUCACCGAGGAGGAGAAGAUUCGGGAGAAGUUGCGCUUGCAGUCGCUCGUAAACGGCUUUGCGAGAAGAGCGGUCAAGGGGUGCCCGUGCAUGUAUUUGAAGGCGAUAGGAGGGGACCCAGAGAAGUACGAGGCGGUCGCUACGCAGUACCGGAUUGAUAGAAGCCUCGAGAAUUUGGUCGUGGUGUUGGCGGGAGACCCAAACCUCGCCGACGUUACCUGCCCGAUCGCUGCCAUCCAGGACAUCUACUCGCUUCGGGAGGACGACGAGGACUGCUUCCCGCGCGCGGUCGUCUCCUCGCUGCAGCCGCAGGACCGCGACUUGUUGCUGAUGGUUGUCUUCCAGCGUCAGGACAAGACGCUUAAGUUCUGUAUCCUGGAGGAGUCCGCCGAGGCCAGGGACGAGUUCCUGGAGACGCUGCAUACUUUGCAUCUACGCGCAGACGUGCCCUGCGGCAUGACGGAAUUGCCGCACAGCUCACGCGGCCACGCGAGGGGACAUCCUCUUCAAUGGGAGAGCCCGGUUGCGCCGGCAGGCGCAGACGACGUGCCACGCUUCCCGAUGUUCCCGGUGAUCCCGCCGGCAGGCGCAUACGACGUGUCACGCUUCUCGAUUGAGCUGCCCCCAGCAUGUGCCUCCACCCGCUCGGCCAUCCUCGUCCCCCGUGUUUUAUGCUUAUUGCGUUUGCUCUUCUUCUCCUUCUUCUUGUUCGUCCUCUCUUCUGUAGGACACGGGAGCGAUUCCCGGUCCCUCAGGGCGUUCGGAGAGAGCCGGCGGCGUGCAGCCUUGCUCCUCCCCCUCUCCGUCUGCCCCGCCGUGUGCCCUUCUGGCGGUGCAGGCUGGAGCCCGCAGCUGCAGCCAAGCGGAUGCGGCCUCGGCCCAGCCUCCGCCUCUAUACCCGUCGGUCGUUGA